GGUGGGUUUCUCUUUAUUUUUAUCAGCAAGCACUGGUUCUACACUUUAGGGUUGUUGCAUUGAGAGCUGACCAUUGAGAGAUGGAGAUUGGGUUAGAGAGAGAUGAGGGCAGCAAGAAAUGGGUCUAUGAUUCUUCUGUGGAUUACAAUUGUAGAAUUCCUCUUAGAGCUUCAACUGGUGGAUGGAAAGCUGCUCUUUUCAUCAUAGGCAUAGAGUUUAGUGAGAGACUCAGUUACUUUGGGAUUGCAUCAAACCUUAUCACUUAUCUCACUAAAAUCCUUCAUCAAGAGGUGAAAGUUGCUGCUAAAAAUGUUAAUAAUUGGUUAGGUGUGACAACUGUGAUGCCUUUAGUUGGUGGAUUCUUAGCUGAUUCUUACAUGGGAAGAUUUCCCAUUAUCCUCAUCUCCUCCAUUAUAUACCUUGCUGGUUUGAGCCUCCUGACCCUCUCUGAAUUCCUCCCAGCCCUCAAACCUGCAACGUGCACCACCCAGCCAUGCACCCACAACCCCAUGAGAGCACACGAGGUGGCCUUCUUUGUCGCCAUCUACCUUGUCUCCCUGGGCACCGGCGGCCACAAGCCAUCUCUCGAAAGCUUUGGAGCCGACCAAUUCGACGAACAACACACAGAAGAGAGAAAGCAGAAGAUCUCCUUCUUUAAUUGGUGGUACUUCGGCCUAUGUAGCGGCGUUAUUUUGGGGGUCACAGUUGUGGUCUAUGUUCAAGACUAUGUUAGUUGGGGCAUGGCUCAAUCCAUAUUAACUGCAGCAUUGGCCCUUGCUAUAAUUUUGCUACUCUUAGGGACCCCUUAUUAUAGGUAUAUGGUGCCAAAGGGGAGCCCUUUGACUCCAAUGUUACAGGUUUUUGUUGCAGCCAUGGCUAAGAGAAAGCUUCCUCUCCCUUCUAAUGCUUGUGAGUUGUAUGAGGCCCCCAAGUCGGGUAAAGUAGGAGACAGAAUCCUUUGCCACACCAAUAAGUUCAGGUUUCUUGAUAAAGCUGCAAUUCUUGAGGCAGACGGGAAGGAGAGCCAAUCGACAAUGUACAAGAAUCCAUGGAGACUAGCAACAGUUACUCAAGUAGAAGAGACCAAGCUCAUUCUAAGCUUAACUCCCAUAUGGUUAUCUUGCUUGAUCUUUGGUAUUUGCAUUAACCAAGGAAUCACUUUCUUCAUCAAACAAGGAAGCACCAUGGACCGAAAGAUGGGUCCCCACUUUGAGAUGCCCCCAGCUUCUCUUUUUGGUUUCUCCGCCUUUUUCAUGGUGAUUCUCAUAUCGAUAUAUGACAAGAUCUUGGUUCCAAGUAUUAGAAGAGUAACAGGAAAUGAGAGAGGGAUUAGCAUACUCCAGAGGAUAGGAAUUGGGAUGUUCUUCUCAGUUGUAUGCAUGAUCACAGCGGCAUUAACCGAAAGAAAGAGAUUAAACAUUGCUAAGAAACAUACCAUGCUGGGCAGUCUUAAUGGUCCACUUCCUAUGAGUGUGUUUUGGUUACUCCCACAAUUCUUGUUGAUUGGUGUCACUGAUGUUUUCACUUUGGUGGGUCUCCAAGAAUACUUCUAUGAUCAAGUGCCAGAUAAUAUGAGAAGUUUGGGGAUCGCCCUCUAUCUCAGUGUAAUUGGAGUCUCAAGUUUCCUUAGUAGUCUACUAAUAAGUAUUGUUGAUAAGAUAACAACCGGUAGAGGACACCCGUGGUUUGCGAAAAGCAUCAAUGGUAGUCGUCUAGAUUUAUUUUACUGGCUAUUGGGAACCAUGGGUGCAUUAAAUUUGGGCAUAUAUAUGUAUGUGGCUAGCAAGUACUCCUACAAGAAUGUGGGGAAGAGGGUGGCAACCGAAGACUCUUGUAAUGGAGAAGUUGCAGACCUUGGUGCCUAACAUUUUAGUUUAGCAAGUCGAUAGUUAUGAUAAAGAUCAUGCAAAUGAUAUGCGUUGUAAUAUUAAUUGUUUUUCUAA